CCUGGUGCGCUGUUGCAGCAACGAGAGUCGAGUUGUUUUGAGCAUGACGGAGAGGUUAUAGCCAAUGGCUUGUGUAGCUUUAUCAGUUAGCUACAUGUAAUGUAUAGCUCUUCACUCGCUUGUUGAAGGAAGAGUCUUACUAGCAUUCCAAGGGGAUAUAAAUGACAACAACAUUUUUGAAUAGCUACAGGAAGCAUGAACAGGCUUGCCAGUUAAUGUUGGUCUUUUAAAAAAACUGGAUAACCUUCACUGGUGUGGAUAUUAGGUGCAUCCACAAGUCGUUAGCCUACCUCUGGAUAAAAGUUGGUAUUUGUAAAAGAUUCAAAUGGAUAAAAUUGCACGAAAACUUCGGAAUCAGGACAUUAACCCAUGCAUUGAGGAAAGUGAUGCCUCCCAGAAGUGUUUGGAUGCCUACAACUAUGAUAAGAGCAUGUGUUCAGCCUAUUUCCAGAGAUAUAAGAACUGUAGGAAAUACUGGCACAACAUAAUGCUGCAGAGAAGAAGAGACGGCGUGAUACCAGACAUGCCCACUGCUGCAGAGAGGCAGGAGAUACUCGCUGCUAUCGGGGGCAAACCAUACUGAGAGUCAGCAGGAUCACACAGAGACACUGUGCUGACCAACGGACCCAGGAAAUUUACUACAGGCCAACAUUUUCUGAUGAUGCUACUACACUGCAUUGGCUGCAUGUGAUCCAAGGCCUGACCUGUCCUCAAGCUCAGGUUGUGUGGAAGUGACCAUCUGUAGAAGGUCUAUUCUAAAAUAAUAUGAAAAGAAAGGUUAGUCACAGAAAGAAAAGAUAUAAGAAUGAUUAUUUAUUGAGGUUUAUUAACAAUGUGACAUGAACUGACACAAUAUGAAAGGAAUUAACGAUCUUUUGAAGCAUUUUGUGUUAUUGUUUGAAGGAAAAAGUCCUGUACAUGUUUUGAAUUGUUAUUGCAUUACACAACUGAUUUAUAACUGCUGAGAUCCCGUUGUGUAGAUUUCAUAAAUGAAUAUUCAAGGUCAUUAAAAAGUAGACACAUGCUUGAA